AUGAACUAGGAUUCUUAAUUAAGAUCAAGGUUUACCUUUUGGUUGAGUGUCAGCAAAGACUAAAAUAUUGACAAUUUUAGUGAUCAGCUUAAAUAAAUAGGCUCAUUUGGAACCGCUAGAGAAUUUUGGUCAUACUAUUCUUAUAUGGUUAAACCUGAGAAGUUACCUUUUGGAGCACAAUUUUUCUUAUUCCAAGAGCAAAUUCAACCUGUAUGGGAAGAUCCAUAAAACAUGAAUGGUGGUAGAUUAAUUCUUAGAGUGAAGAGAGGAUUUGAAAAUAGAGUGUGGGAAGAAUUAAUAUUGCACUAUCUUAAGUGAUGAUAAUCCACAUUUACAAGGCGUAUGCGGAAUCAUUGCUCACUCUAAAAAAAACUUUAUACUAAUCUCAAUAUGGAUUAAAGAUUAGAACAAAUACCCAAAAUUAUUAGAAGAAUUAACAAAAUGGAUAACAAAUUGUCUGGGUCUGUAAAAUAAAAAAGACUUUGAAUAUAUUGCUCAUCCAUAGUAAUAACAACAAGGAGAAACUUAAUGAAUAAUAUAUUUUUAUAUAAAUAUUGAUAUUAAUUGAUAUUUAAA